UAUUGUUAUCAAUAAUCUGUGACCAUGUUAUUCUCGUAAAACGAAUUCGCGGAAACUAAGUUUUCGAUUAAUUACUAUUAAUUACUAUACAUAUAGUAUUUAAGCGUAACAUCGUGAAUAUUUUUCCUUUUAUUAUAAGUUGCAAACAAGGUUCGUUCGUCAUUUGUCAUUCGACUAGUCAUCGAUAAAGCUUCGUUUCGAAGUAAUAAACGUAUUGAAUUUCUCGAUGCGAAUAAUUCUGCAAUGUCGGACACAAUUUUGAAUUAUGAUAAUGCAACGGAACAGAAGAUCUUUAUGACAAAUUGAAUUGCUGUCCAAACUACUAUUUGAAAGCUUUUUCUAUGUCAAUUUCUUCCUGAAUAAAAAAAAGAGCAAAAAUAAAAAAAACAAAAAAGCAAGAAGAAAAAAUAAAAAGAAUAAGUGAAAACAGGAGGAUCCUGAAAGAAAGUAGACAGUAAAAUAAAGGACAGUAAAGAAUGAAAAAAAUAAAUUCUGUUCACAAUGAUCAUGCAUGCCAAUGAAACAGUACUGUGUAUAAUUCCGAAUGCAAUCGUCGUUAUAUAAAAAAGACAGGAUACUGUAGAAAAUUGUAUCUUUACCAUAGCAAUUAUGAAUUAAUGUUACAAAAUAAGAUCUUUCAGUAGCGUUAAUGAUAUAUCCCUGUAAAAUGCAAGUAGGCGAGGAAACGGUACUUUACUGUAACGAUAUAAAUACACAUUCAUUCAUUCAUUCGCACGCUCGCCGCUCGUUACUCGCUUGCUUCAUCAAAUAAUAUGAUUGAUGCUUAAAAAGAAGAUUCAAUUUUGAGAAUAUUGGCCAAGUGAAUUAUAAGAAGAAGCUGAACGGAUGACUCAUUAGCGAUUCGAAACGGCGAGCGCAUACUUGUGUUGCGCGUUUAUCUUAAUCGCGUCACACUAGUAAAAAGCUUAUGUGAUUUUUCUAUUAUAUAAUUAGUAAAACAAUAGAGGAAGAAAGAAAUAUCGAAUUUAAUAUGGUCCGGUCCGAUUCGGUUCGAUUCGGUUCGAUUCAGUUCAGUUCAGUUCAGUUCAGUUCGGUUCAGUUCGGUACGGUACAGUACGGUACAGUACAGUACGAUAUGGUACGGUACGGUACGAUUCGGUUCGAUUCGAUUCGAUUCGAUUUGGUUCGAUUCGUCAUCCAUCCAGUGACAUCACUUUGCCCUGCACGCACACAUAUUCACAUCUCACACAUGCAACAUACACGUGACAAUUUGUAGAUAGAUACGUACAUACAGCUUUGCUAAGUGUUUUCUGGUGAUCGGUAUUUAGCCAACAAAAUGUAGCAAAAAUAUUUAUAAUAAAAUGGUAACACACAUUGUUUCCCAAUUCAGAUUCCUUUCAAAAUUGUAUAUGUGCAAUAGGCUACUGUCUGAAGGAAACAUAACUAGUAAUUAUUUCGGAUAUAAACGCAUGAUGACAACACGAGCUUGUGGUUUCGUUAUAUUUCGACGUAUUCAAGGAAUGGUCGAAUAUCUUUUGAUGCAAGUUUCUUACGGCGAACAUCAUUGGACACCACCGAAAGGUCAUGUUGAUCCUGGUGAAUCAGAUAUGGAAAGCGCAUUACGUGAAACACAAGAGGAAGCAGGUUUUUUACCUAGUGAUUUAAUUAUAUUCGAAGAUGCAAAACAAGAACUUAAUUACGAAGUGAAUGGAAAACUGAAAACUGUUGUUUAUUGGCUAGCAGAAUUAAUAAAUAUUGACAAAUCUAUUCAAUUGUCGCACGAACAUCAAGCAUUUAAAUGGCUUCCACUUCAAGAAGCUUGCUCUAUAGCAAAAUAUCAAGAUAUGCAAAAUGUAUUAAAAAAUUUUAACGAAUAUAUAUUAAAAUAUCUUUCUUAAUAUAA